AUGACGAUGAUGAAAAGACCUCACGAGGAAGAGUCAGAUAAUAAUGAUACAAAGAAGCUGAAACUGAGAUCAACAUACCCUUUUAUCCUCAGGAAAGAUAAUGUAACUGGCAAAUUUAUCUUUCCUGCGAUCACUAAAGAUGAUGUGAUGAACGCACGACUGUUUCUGAAAAAUAAUGAUUUGAAAACGUUUUUAGAGUAUUUUUUGCCAGUGGAAGUAAACUCCAUUUAUAUUUAUUUCAUGGUCAAGUUGUUGGGAUUCGACGUCAAGGAUAAAGAGCUAUUCAUGGCGUUGAAUUCCAACAUCACCUCCAAUAAAGAACGUAAUACCAGCACAGAGGUAUCAUCUUCACAUGCAAAGUUUGAAGAUGACGAUGAGUUAACGGACCCCUUGGAGAAAAAACAUGCUGUAAAAUUAGUUAAAGAUUUGCAGAAAGCGAUAAAUAAAGUCCUCAGUACAAGACUACGAUUACCCAACUUUAGUACCGUUGAUAAUCUUACCGCCACUUUACAUAACGCCAAGAAAAUUUUGGUUCUAACCGGUGCUGGGGUUUCAACUUCUUUGGGUAUUCCCGACUUCAGAUCUUCUGAAGGGUUUUAUUCCAAGAUCCGACACCUUGGGUUGGAAGAUCCCCAAGAUGUUUUCAACUUGGAUAUAUUCCUACAGGACCCUUCUGUUUUUUACAACAUUGCCCAUAUGGUUUUACCGCCUGAGAACAUGUAUUCUCCCUUACACAGUUUUAUCAAAAUGCUGCAAGACAAGGGCAAAUUACUAAGAAAUUACACACAGAAUAUAGAUAACUUGGAGUCAUAUGCAGGGAUAGAUCCUGAUAAGUUGGUGCAAUGCCACGGUUCAUUUGCCACAGCGUCUUGCGUGACUUGCCACUGGCAAAUUCCUGGUGAGAAAAUAUUCGACAAUAUAAGAAAUCUCGAAUUGCCAUUAUGUCCCUACUGUUACCAAAAAAGAAAGCAGUAUUUUCCUAUGAGUAAUGCAAAUAAUACGGCACAACCAAGCACGAAUUUCAAUUCACCAAUUUUAAAAUCUUACGGUGUUUUGAAACCAGAUAUGACAUUUUUCGGUGAGGCCUUACCAUCGCGAUUCCAUAAGACCAUCCGCAAGGAUAUACUAGAAUGCGACCUGCUGAUUUGUAUAGGUACCAGUUUAAAAGUAGCUCCCGUAUCUGAAAUUGUCAACAUGGUACCUUCACAUGUACCGCAAAUUCUAAUUAAUAGGGAUAUGGUCACACACGCGGAGUUUGAUUUAAACCUGUUAGGAUUUUGUGACGACGUGGCCAGUCUUGUAGCUAAGAAGUGUCAUUGGGAUAUACCACAUAAAAAAUGGCAAGAUUUAAAGAAAAUCGAUUACAACUGUACGGAAAUAGAUAAAGGUACAUAUAAAAUUAAGAAACAGCCACGGAAAAAACAACAGUAA